AUGCCCUCUAGUGAGCCUCAGUUCGCCACUGUCUCUCUCCUCAUAAGUGAAGAUGUGGCGGGUACAUUCCGCGUGCCCAUUACGGAAGAAACGACGGUGCGGCGACUCGCCAAGGAUGCGAUGCAGCGACUCCUCACACGCCGCAGUGAUGGGCAGUACACAUUCACGCGCGAGAACAUCUCCGUCACGGAGGUGUUUGUGAACUGCGGCUCCCACAAGGCGGAGGUGUUCGCCCAGGACCUCGUCACGCAUGUUGUGCGGGUGAAGGAAGAAGUUGUCCACAUGCGUCUGCGACUCAAGGAAGGAAGACCAACAACCACAACAACGAAUACUACUACUGCUAUUACUACUAAUGCUACUACUACUACUGCUGCUGCUGCUGCUACCAGUACAAAAACAGCUAAAGUUGAUGAAAUCUCCCAUGCGACAACAGCCGCUGCCAAACACGAAAAUACCACUAAUGAAGAUAAUGAGCAGAAAACAGGUGCCUGUGGUGGUAAGAGAACAAAAACAGAAGUAACCACAACGGCGAAGGAUAAAAAAGAGCAGACGGAAUCAGGAAGACGCUCCGGUGCUUCUGUAUCCUCACAUCAAAGGAAGCAGCAAACUAUAGAAGAAGAAGAAGAAAAAGAUCAUGAUGAUGAAAAGAAAUCUGCAGUUGCCACAACAAAGUCUAAAAGAGUGACAGCAACAACCUCCUCAUCCAAGGGAGUAACUGAACCGGUUACUGUUAAUGUUACUUCUGUAGAUAAAAAGAGUAAUACUAAUAGUACAACAGGUGGUAUUGCAGAA